AUGAGAACUGAUCCUAAAUCAUCUCCAGACGAUGUAUUCGGCCCCCAUGGUUCAAAGGCUAGGAGAGACUAUUCCUCAUGGAAUAGUCAUCCUAACCGAAGAAUCGCCAUCUCAAACCGUUCCCCUCGGCCUAGCAACUUUUUGCUCCAGACUGCAUCAUCAAAACGGCUCCCAGAUUCCAGUUUUGGGCUGCAGUACAGACAGAAGAGCUGUCGCAAGCAAAGCAAGCCUGACCGAAGAUGGCAAAGACAAAGCGGUCUAUGGAAUUCGGAGCCAAACAAGAAAGAGGCGAUCGAGGAAGCGGAUGAUUUAGAGGCAGAGACAAUCGAGACAAAAGGGGUAGAAGAUCUGGGGACAAAGGAACUGAAGGAGUCUGUGGCUGCAGAAGAGAGACUGGCCCCUGGGAAGCGAGGUGGCCGGAGGCUGCCUUUGAAGCAGGCGGCUGAUGAAUCCGACGCAUUGACAGUACGACGACGGAGGCGUCGACGACGACGCGGUCGAAUACAAGGACGUAGAGUGACUCGGAGGCCAGCAGCUGUUAAGACUCGGGCUCCCGGUGCCAGUCUCAGAGCUGGGAACAACGCCAAUGUUUCUGUGCCAGAAGCUCCUUCAGAGGCACAUCAGUCAGACAUGUCAGCACACUUACAAAGCGCAGAAAUUUGCAAGUCUCUAGACAGACUGCCACAUGAUGCACAAAUUUUCGACUCAGAUCUGGGCAUUGGCGCUCCAGCUUUGGUCAGUCGAGUACCAGCUUGGCUACUGAGUUCAGAGUGA